AUGAUGAUGAAUCCUUUCAUACAAAAUGAACAUGUUUCAUGGAGAGGUGUAAAUUGUUUUCACACUUUUAUCAAGUCAUGUUUUUAUUGGCAAAUUCCUUCCGAUAUUAAAUUAGAUGGAAAAGUUUCGAGGGGAAGCAGUCACAAACCACACAAUCGUGACGAGUCCGUACUGUUCGAAGAUGCUAAAAAUCUUCCACAAAAACGAAAUGAAUUUGACAAGUGGCAGUGCAAGGAAAUCUCUGCCAUCAAAGAUCUUUCAACAUUACUUCAAAAAUCAGCAACAAAAGAUGCAAUUCUUCAAAACAAUCAACCCAUCUUCGACACUCUUAUUCAACAUAUCAAUUGCAUGUUAUUGGCCCCAAAUGCAAAAACUAUGAUUCACUUUUACGAAAAGUUGGAACACCUUUUUGAGUCACUUCGUGAAACUUUUCAACAUUUGAAUGAUCCAGAAUUACAAAUCAAACUCUCACAAGAAUGGAUCACCAAAUUUAGAGAUUUACAACUUCAACCCGAUCAAUCCUAUGUUGGAUUUAUUGGUCUUGGACGUUUUUAUUUAAUGUUGAAUCAACUCGAAGAAGCAAAAUCUGUCUUUUUGACUCUCAAUUUAAUUGAUAAUCAAAUGGGUAUUGAGAAAGGAGGCACUGGUCACACCGAUUAUCCAGCUCUCUAUUUUUCAUUUGUGUACUUGAUGAGAAUUUAUCAUGAAUUGAAUCAGUGGGAACAAGCGGAUGGUUGUCGAAGAGCAAUUUUGGAUAUUGAAGGAAAUGGCAAUGCUGUGAUUUCACCCUUCUUGGAAAAAUAUCAAAAGAACUAA